UGACGUCGGGACGCUAGGUCGCCGCGGGAGGCGCCGUAAUCGCCGCCCAGAAGGAAGGAGGGCGGCUGUGCGAGGAGCUGCUAUGGUGCUUAGUUCCCCGGCAGAGCCGACCGAGACGCGGCGGUCGCGGCCAUGAAGAUCUGUCUUCCUAUGGGGUGGUGGCAUUGUGGUCAACUAGACGACAAGCAACUGUUGGUCUGCUGUGCUGGUGACUGGCCUGUUAACAAGACCAAUAGGCGACAGAGCUAAAGUCAUGCUUUCAAACUGGUGCGGGUGCCACGUCUAUGUGGGCUUCGUGCUGUGGGCUGCUGAAUGAAGUCAUGGGAACUGGAGCUGUCCGGGGCCAGCAGUCAGGAUUUGCAGGAGGCACCGGUCCAUUCAGAUUUGCACCAAACUCUGAUUUUUCCACUUACCCACCAGCACCUACGGAAGGGCCUAAUAUAGUUUGCAAAGCCUGUGGACUUUCAUUUUCAGUCUUUAGAAAGAAGCAUGUGUGCUGUGACUGCAAGAAGGAUUUUUGCUCCGUCUGUUCAGUCUUACAAGACAAUCUCCGUAGAUGUUCCACUUGUCACUUACUACAAGAGACGGCCUUUCAGCGCCCACAGUUAAUGCGACUAAAAGUCAAGGAUCUCCGGCAGUAUCUCAUUCUUCGAAACAUCCCCAUUGACACCUGUCGAGAGAAGGAAGACUUGGUAGAUCUCGUUCUCUGCCACCGCGGGCUGGGCUCUGAGGACGACUUGGACACGAGCAGUCUGAAUUCCUCACAGUCCCAGACUUCUAGCUUUUUCACACAUUCAUUUUUUUCAAACUACACAGCCCCUUCUGCUACCGUGUCUUCGUUUCAGGGAGAGCUUAUGGGUGGAGACCGGACCUUGGCAUCUGGAGCGCUGGCACAGGUACAAAGUGAAAUAGCUUCAGCAAACACAGAAGAAGAAGAAGAAGAUGAUGAUGAUGAUGAUGAUGAUGAAGAUGAUGAGGAUGAUGAGGAUGAUGACGAUGAAGAAAACUUGGAGGAGCGGACGCCCGGCCUCUCCAAGAAGCGAGUGAGAGCUUCGCUCUCUGACCUGUCGAGCCUUGACGAGGUGGAAGGGAUGAGCGUGCGGCAGCUGAAGGAGAUCCUGGCUCGGAAUUUUGUCAACUAUUCUGGCUGUUGUGAGAAAUGGGAGCUGGUAGAGAAAGUAAACCGGUUAUACAAAGAGAAUGAAGAAAACCAAAAGUCAUCAGAGGGAACUGAGGUGCAGAGAAGUUACAACCCUGGGCUCAUUCGACGGCCGCUGCGGUCACCCCAGAUGCCUGCUGAGCGCCCGUCGGGCAGCGCGGUGCCUGCAGCCCCAGCUGUCUGUUGCCUUUCAGAUGGUGAGCGGCUGCAGCUGCAGGAUGAGGAAGAUGACAGCCUGUGCCGUAUCUGCAUGGACGCCGUCAUCGACUGUGUCCUGCUCGAGUGUGGGCACAUGGUCACCUGCACCAAGUGCGGCAAGCGCAUGAGCGAGUGUCCCAUCUGCCGGCAGUACGUGGUGCGCGCCGUGCAUGUGUUCAAGUCCUGAAGCCCAGGUUCUUCCCGACAGGGCGCUCGCCCCAAGCUUGAUCCCAGACAUUUCAAUGCACAGAAGGGACUGGAAACUUACUGUUCAGAGGCUGAGACUAUUUUUAAAGAUUAUUUUCACUACUAACUGGGAACAGAAAGAUUCGAUCCUAAGUUGUGGCAACAUUGGUCCAUGCCAUGCACCUAUCAGCCUGUGGACAAGCCGUUUCCCAGGUUUUGCUGGGUUUCAUCCCAUGUCCAUGAUCACUAAUUGCUGACGAAGUCAGACUGCUUACAGCGUCAGCUACUGCUCCCUUUGGAGAACACUUAUCCUGUUCUCUUAUUUCUCCUUCAUCCUAUUUUUAACUUAAACUACUCAGAUGUUUGAAACUUCUGUUCUUUGGAUGAGAUCACUGUCCACAAGUGGCCAACACGGUACACGCUGAGCAGUGGCCUCUCUAAUGUUCACUUUAUUAGUCAUGUAUAUUUUAAAUGCUACUAUUUGAUGAAUGUAAGUUUCCACAUUGUUGCUAUUUCUGCGUUUAAACGUAAUUGGGAACAAAGGACAUUCUAUAGUCAACUGCCAGGGCCUUAGAUCCAACAUGUCCAUUUCUGUUCAGGUACAGCUUUUUAGAGUAAGGGCUGCCUCUGGCUUCGUUCAUUAGAGAAGUGUGUGUGUUAAAAUCUUUAUUCACGUGUAAUCAGUUUACACUGUUUUGUAUAGUGAAAGUGUAUUUUCAGUGCUACUGCUAGCUAAUUUGAACUUUAGGAAUAAAAUUAGAUUUUAAAAAAUG